CGCUCAGAGCAGCUAAUCAGCCAGUAUACUCACUCGCGAGUUGAAGAGAUAGCGUCCGCUAACAACGCGAAUCCUUAUUUAAACCGCAGCACCAACCCGGGCCAGGAUCAGUCGGUUUCGGAGAUAGUGCUGAGUAUCAGUGGUGAAUCAAAGCUACAAGUGCCAGAAAAAAGGAUGAGCUCUCGUCAGGAAGAGAUGGUGGCGACCCCAUUCAAGUUGUGGGGUGGCCGAUUUUCCAAAGGUAUCGAUCACGUUCUGUCGAAGGUGAACAAUUCGUUGACGGUGGACAAGCGUCUGUACUCGGAGGAUAUCGACGGCAGUAUUGCCUAUGCGAAGAGCUUGACCGAUGCCAAACUGCUGACCAAGAGUGAGUUCAAAGUAAUUUGCUACGGCUUGGAAACGAUCAGAAGUGAGUGGGAAAAGGGAACGAUCAAGUUGAUGCCACGGGAUGAGGAUGUGCACACGGUGAACGAACGGCGGCUGAUCGAGAUCAUUGGGUUGCAGAUCGGCGGAAAGUUACACACCGGAAGAAGCCGUAACGAACAGGUGGUGGUGGAUAUGAAACUUUGGAUGAGAAACUCUGUGCGAGACGUGAUGAAGCAGUUGGCUGCCUUGAUCGCGGGCUUGAAUACCGUUGCAGAACGUUACAUUGAUGUGCUGAUGCCGGGUUAUACGCACAUGCAGAAGGCUCAACCGGUGCGGUUCAGUCAUUGGAUUUUGAGUUAUGCGUUCUACUUUAAAGAGGACUAUCAUAGAUUCUCGGAGUUCCUGAAACGAAUGAAUGUGCUUCCGUUGGGUAGCGGAGCUCUGGCGGGAAAUCCGUUCAACAUCAAUCGUCAUCAGUUGGCGGAAGAUUUAGGUUUCAACGGAGUUUCGUACAACAGCAUGAAUACGGUCAGUGAUCGUGACUUUGUGGUAGAGUUUAACUUCCUCUGCACCCUGGCAGGAGUUCAUUUGAGUCGAUUGGCCGAAGAUCUGAUCUUGUUCUCAACAAAAGAAUACAACUUUUUGGAGCUUUCUGAAGAGUACACAACUGGCAGCAGUUUGAUGCCCCAGAAGCGCAAUCCGGACAGUUUGGAGCUGAUUCGAGGCAUUUCGGGCAGUGUUUUUGGCCAGCAUUGUGGACUACUGAUGACCCUGAAAGGCCUGCCGUCGACGUACAACAAAGAUUUGCAGUGCGAUAAGAGCGGCAUGUUUGCUGUUUACGAUCAGAUUCUGCUUUCACUGACGCUGGCGACUGGAGUGAUAACGACGAUGAAAGUUGACGAGGAACGCUGCUUGAGUGCUCUCAGUUACGACAUGCUUGCAACCGACAUGGCAUACUAUUUGGUGCGCAAGGGAAUUCCAUUCCGAGAGGCUCAUCACAUUUCGGGAGAGGUUGUAGCGUUCUCUGAGAAGGUUAAAAUUCCGAUUAAUAAGCUCACGCUGGAGGACCUGAAGGAGAUCAGCCCAUGCUUCGAUGAGACGGUAAGCACGCUGUGGAACUAUGAAAACAGUGUCGAACAGUACACCGUUGUCGGAGGAACCUCCAUGAUCUCAGUACAGGAACAGAUCAACUUACUCAAGGGCUUUCUUUCGAAGUGCGACUGAGAUUUUUAUCUAGAUUUUAAGAUUAUUUUGUUUUAUUCUGUUGAACCAUAAAUCUGUAUAAAUAUAGUAUAUGACUUUUCUGCUGUAGAGUUUAAUCGUGAGAGAAGGUUAAAUUGUUUAUGUAUACUGUAAAAAAACGAAAAAAAAACUGUGCCAUGUCUUCGUGUUUUGUGACUAAUAAACACCUUUCUUUGAAACCUUAA